CUGACUGUAACUGCAAAUUUCUCUCUCUCUCUCUCUCUCUCUCUCUCUCUCUCAUCUUUCUCUCUCCUCUUGUUCUUCAUCUCUCUCUCUCUCUCUCUAACUGCUGACUGGUCAGCUUGGUAGCCAGCUAACUUCCAUUGCUUUACCGAAGGUUUUGGUUUUUUUUUUUUUUUCCUCGAAUCCCUCUAAACGACGCUUUUACGGCCUUUGGUUUUUCUAUCGUCUUUCUCUCUCUCUCUCUCUCUCUUUUUCCGAUUCAUUUCAUUUUCGUCCUCCAACAAUACAAAACAAAAGAUGCUGGGAAAUUUUUGCAGAAAUGGCAAUGAUUCAUAUGUUUCUUGAUCCUCACGGGUUAAAGUCCAACGAUCUGCGGGUGUGAUGUCGUUGAAGAUGGAAGUGAUCUUUGUAAUUCUGAUCUUAGCUUGGCUGCGUUCUUUUGUAUUGUCCGAUUUUCAAGGAGACGCGCUCAAUUCAUUGAAAAGUUCGCUGAAUGCUUCAAGCAAUCAGCUCAAGGACUGGAAUCCCAACCAAGUUAACCCAUGCACCUGGUCCAAUGUUAACUGUGAUUCUAAUAAUAAUGUGGUAGCCGUAUCAUUGUCGAAUAUGGGAUUUUCUGGAACCUUGUCCCCUAAAGUUGGAGCCUUGAAGACGCUCAAAAUUCUGUCAUUGCAAGGAAAUGGUAUAACUGGCGAGAUACCAAAAGAUUUUGGAAAUCUAGUAAAUUUAGGGAACUUGAAUUUGGAGAAUAAUAAUUUAAGAGGUCCAAUACCAUCGUCUCUUGGUGAUUUGAAGAAACUUCAAUUCUUGAUUUUGAGUCAAAAUAAUCUGAAUGGGACAAUCCCCGAGUCACUUUCUAGCCUUCAGAGCUUGAUUACUCUUCAGCUAGAUUCAAAUGAUCUGAGCGGUCAAAUUCCUGACAAAUUAUUCCAAAUUGUCAAGUACAAUUUCACAGGAAACCGCUUAAACUGUGGCGUAGAUUUCGGUCACCCUUGUGCAACUGAUAUUGACGAUUCAGGGAGCUCACAUAAGCCAAGUGUUGGAACAAUAGUUGGAAUUAUUGGAGGACUGGUUUUCAUUCUCUGCAUUGGACUCGUUGUCUAUUUUCUUUGCAAGAAUAGACGAAAAGGCUACAAGCGGGAAGUUUUUGUUGAUGUGGCUGGUGAAGUUGACCGAAGAAUAGCAUUUGGUCAAUUGAAAAGAUUUGCAUGGAGGGAAUUGCAGCUAGCCACAGACAACUUUAGCGAAAAAAAUGUCCUUGGCCAGGGAGGUUUUGGGAAGGUAUAUAAAGGGGUGCUGUCUGAUAACACGAAAGUUGCUGUUAAACGGUUGACUGAUUAUGAAAGCCCCGGAGGAGAUGCAGCUUUCCAGCGUGAAGUUGAGAUGAUUAGUGUGGCAGUCCACAGGAAUCUAUUACGACUUAUUGGAUUUUGCACAACCCCGACAGAACGCCUUUUGGUGUAUCCUUUUAUGCAGAACUUAAGUGUUGCCUAUCAAUUACGAGAGAUAAAAGAGCCAGUUUUGGAUUGGCCCACUAGAAAACGAGUUGCUUUGGGCACAGCCCGUGGUUUGGAGUAUUUGCAUGAACAUUGCAAUCCUAAGAUCAUUCAUCGGGAUGUUAAGGCUGCUAAUGUAUUACUUGAUGAAGACUAUGAAGCAGUUGUCGGAGACUUUGGCUUGGCAAAGUUGGUGGAUGCUAGAAAGACUAAUGUGACAACUCAAGUCCGUGGGACAAUGGGCCACAUAGCACCUGAAUACUUGUCCACCGGGAAGUCAUCAGAAAGAACCGAUGUUUUUGGGUAUGGAAUAAUGCUCUUAGAGAUCGUCACAGGUCAACGAGCUAUUGACUUUUCACGCUUGGAAGAAGAAGACGAUGUUUUAUUGCUUGACCAUGUGAAAAAGUUAGAAAGGGAGAAAAGACUGAAUGCUAUUGUGGAUCGCAAUCUGAAUAAUAAUUACGACCUCCAAGAGGUCGAGAUGAUGAUCCAAGUCGCAUUGCUUUGUACGCAGCAACAGCCGGAGGAUCGCCCAGCCAUGUCAGAGGUGGUGCGGAUGCUUGAAGGAGAGGGGCUGGCUGAGAGAUGGGAAGAGUGGCAGAGUGUCGAGGUCACUCGUAGGCAAGAGUAUGAGAGACUACAGAGAAGAUUCGACUGGGGUGAAGAUUCCAUUUAUAACCAGGAUGCUAUUGAGUUGUCUGGUGGACGAUGAUGUAAUAUUUUAAUGCAUUGUGGCCAUCCCCUCUUUUCAAGUCACAAGAAUAUGUAAUAUUCUUUUUGGUAGGUUUAGCUUGGUGCUCACUAAAUGAAGCAUGCCAGUAUUUCCUGUUUGCUAAAUCCAGGCCUCUAUAUUUCGGUUUCAGGUCUUGGUGUUUUUCUGGCACAUUCUCCAUUUUUUGUUGUCGUUUUUAGCAUUUCAAACUGUAUAUCUCUUCUGAGUACAUUCUGCAAGUGUGCAAGCUUUAAGAAUACAAAACCUCACUUUGUAUGAUUUCAAUGGA